CGCAGCCUCUGAUGUCACAAAGGCCAGCGUAGCAGAACCGCAGCAGCCUAGCAGCUCUCAGUUCAGCUAGGCGCCCGGCUGGGGGAGAGCCAGAGGCAAAGCCCCGCCUUCCGCCGGGGCUUACCCCCCAGAACGAAGCUGCAGGCUUCGCCUCUCAAGCCCCAGACGGGGCGGUGCCGGGGUCAAGAGAGGAGACUGGCUGUCCAGACCCCUCGCCCCGGGCGCCCGACGCUCCUGGGGCUGGGAGCCCUCCGGGGGCAGUCCCUGGGAUGGCUUCGUCCCCCGAGGCCCCGCUCUUGCUAUCCGACUGCCUGUGCCCCAUCUGCAUGGAGAUCCUGGUGGAGCCUGUGAGCCUCCCAUGCGGUCACACGCUAUGCCACUCGUGCUUCCAGCAGACCGUUCAGAAGGCCAGCCUAUACUGUCCCUUCUGCCGCCGUCGGGUGUCCUCGUGGGCCCGCGCCCAGGCCCGCCAUAACACGCUGAUCAAUCUGGAGCUAUGGCGAAGGAUCGAGAAACAGUACCCCCGGGACGGCGGACUUGCAGGCGGAGGCGGGUGGAGCAGGGAUAAGGAGCUGGAGGCGGAACUCCCGCCGCGCAGGCUCAGUGCUCCCGGGGAGCUGAGACGGGAGUAUGAGGAGGAGCUGAGCAAGGUGAAAGCAGAGAGGCGGGCAUGCGCAGAAGAGGAGGCUCGAAUCAGUGCAGAGUAUAUAAACCAGCUGCUGGCAGAGGAGGAGGAAGAGGAGCGCAGGAGGGAGGAGGAGGAAGAAGAAGAGGAAGAGGGAGGAGGAGGAGGAGGAGGAGGAGGAAGGAGACAGGUGCUGGAGCUAGCAGAAAAAAGCAAUCAAGAGGAAGAAAAGGCUCAGAGGGCAAAGCAAGAAGAGGCUCAAAUUGCAGAGGAGAACGGGCCACAGCACGAGGAAGACUCGAGGCAAACUCGGGAGGUUGGAGAGAGGCCGCGACAGGAAGAGGAGACGGAGGAGGAGAGGCAGAGAGAGAGAGAGGACCAGCUGAAGAUAGAUAAAGACCUGGCCCAAGAAAUAAGCAUCAGUCUUAAAACACUGAAAUGUGUCUUGACUUCCCUUUUCACGACCAGUUCGUCUUACCCUGCCCCUUGUAGAUCACCCAAGAAAACGGAAAACAAACCGAACAGCGCUAAAAACAUCCACAAGUCCUCACUACCAAAGGAACUUGGAAAAGCAGGAGGCAAACGAUCCUACAAGUCUAAGGAGGUCAGCAUAGGCAAAGGGAAGCGCCCCAGGUGGCAGAGUGGGAAAGGCAGAGAGAUGCCAACUUUCUCUAAGCAACCAUUCUGUAAGAUUGAAAACAUCGGUGCUAGGGUUUCUUUGGAAGAUGGAGGAGAAAGUAAACCAGGCACCAGUGGGGAGGAUAAAAUUCUAAACCCUCUUGAGGUUGCAAAUCUUGAACUGCCCAAAACCACAUUUUCCUGUUCUGAGGGAGCUGUAGCUAAACCUUCAGGCAAAUCAGAGAAUGAAUGCUCAGCUGAAAUGGAAAGUGAAGACAAUAGUCUGUUAGGGAAUAAAGAAAUUCCUGGAAGGAAAACUCUGGAAUAUAUGCCUGAAUUCCUCAGUGAUUCAGACUUCUCCUCAGAGAAAAGAAAAACAUGCUCAGAAACUACCUCAGAGAAAGAGUCAAGAAAAAAUACCUUUACCCAAAAACUGAUAGAUUUAGAACACUUAUUUUUUGAGAGGCAUAAACAAGAGGAAGCGGAUAGAUUAUUCGCAUUACAGCUUCAGGGAGAAAUGAAUAAAGAACAGGAGAAGCUGAAUCGGAAAAAGAGGACCCGAGAUGAAUACCUCCUGCGCCCUAGAGUCUCCUUAAAUCCAAUUAAAAGAAGGGUUUACAGAAAAAGCUUAAAGAAAAAAAUUGAAGCAGCACUUUCAGAGCCUCCAAGGCUAUGAACAGUAGUCAUCUUUCAAAUCUAGUUGAAACUUUCAACUAAAUGAUAAAGGAGAAAAGGUAACAAACUCUAAACAAAAUGCCUCUUCUCUAUUGCCUAGUUAAUUCACACACGCCCCGCCCAAAAAAAAAAAAACUACUUUUCAUAUCUUGUAAUAAGCUG